UGUGGUUCAUGAAGCGCCGCCGGAAGACAUCGAUGGUGGAGUACGCAUCCAUUCAGGGAAAGGUCUGACAGAGACCGAUACUGGGGCUUACAUGGAGAGCUGAGACUGAAUAUGAGAUUAACGUCUUUAAUGAUGUACAUAUCGUCGGUUGUGGUAUUGAUUUUAUAUGCAUAUAUUGGAUUUUCUAUCGCCGCACCUCGCAUCAGCCUCUACGAUGCGUCGCCUAUCUCCAGGAAGCCAGACUCAGCCUCCGACACAUGGGAAACCCUCCAUACCGACAUGCCUCGUCGUUUACCGGACAGCAGGUUCGCUUUGACGCCGUCGUCUGCCAUUGUUCCAGCUAGUCAUACCCCCCAAACCUCCGCACACCAUCCCGCAACGAAGCCGAUCGCCAGCCAUCCCGACUCCGGGAUCAUUUCAACCGCCCGGGAAAUGUCCAUGUCAAGGAGCCCCCAGAAAAGAGCCGCCGAUCCAUCACUCUAUGCGCCGGACAAGAUUGUCCAGACGAUGAUGACCAUGGUUUCGCCACGUUCGGCCAACGACGCGGACAGCAUCGACACAUCUGUGACAUCUGUAGAGAACGACCAAGACGGCUUCUGUAACUGCAGCACUGCAGGAGAGGGGAUUUUGUACCCAGAUGAGUGUAACCGCAGCACCGGCCAGUGCUCGUGUCUGGACGGCUACAGCGGUCUACAGUGUGAAGACUGUGAGGAGGGCUACUUCACCAACGGCACCAGUGGCUGCCUACCCUGCGCCUGUGACUCCUUUGGUGCAGUUAGCCACCUGUGUGACAGCUCAGGGAUUUGUGUGUGCAAGCCAGGAGUGUAUGGGCCCAAGUGCGAUGAGUGCCACCCUGGUUUCUUCCACUUCAGCAGUACAGGCUGCCAGCCCUGCCAGUGUCAAAACCACACCAGCUACUGCCAUCCACAGUCAGGUGUGUGCCUCAACUGUGAGGGCAACACCCAAGGCUCCAACUGUGAGGAGUGCAAGCCUGAUCAUUACCGCAGCCCUGGCGCAACAUUGACUGAAGCCUGUGUCCCAUGCCCCUGCUCCAACGCCUCUUCCACUGGCACCUGUCACACCAAUCCCAGCGGCUCCCCAGUAUGUGAGCAGUGCCUUCCCCAGUACGGCGGCCCCCUGUGUGACCAGUGCAGCGGGGGCUUCUACAAAGCGUCCGGGGCGUGCGUGCCGUGCGACUGCAGUGGGAAUGCAGACCCUCAGCGUGGCGCCCAGCUCUGUCACCCCGACACCGGCCACUGCCUCGGCUGCAUGAACAACACCGCCGGCGCCCGCUGCCAUCUUUGUGCUCCAGGAUUCUCAGGAGACGCCCGAGCUCAUAACUGCAGCCGUCUAACACCUCAGCUGAUUCCCCCACCAGCAGUGCGACCCACGCCAGAGGUCCCCAACUCAAGUACUUCCUCCUUUAGCAGCCUGACCACCACCAGAGCGAGAGGCGUCUCCGCCUCCGUCUCCGCCUCCGUCUCCGCCUCCAACGGCAACUGGAGCACGGCCGCCACACCUCAGGCCAUGCUGACUAGCCUGAGCAGCCCCACGGACAACACCACGGCGUCUCUGACCGAAGUCUCCUGGACGCAGUUCAACAUCAUCAUCCUGGCCGUCAUCAUCCUUGUGGUGGUGAUGCUGCUGGGCUUUGUCGGAGGCGUGUACACUUACAGAGAAUACCAGAACCGCAAGCUCAACGCCCCCUUCUGGACCAUAGAACUGAAAGAGGACAACAUCAGCUUCAGCAGCUAUCACGACAGCAUCCCCAACGCCGACGUGUCGGGCCUCCUGGAGGACGAGGCCAACGAGGUGGCGCCCAACGGUCAGCUAGCGCUCAGCACACAGGGAAACUGCUACAAGGCUUAGCGCCCCGGACUGGACCACGCUGCUGCAAAUCCAAAGCUCACUGCUGCUCGACCGGCCGCUCGACCGGCCGCUCGACCGGCCGCUCGACCGGCCGCUCGACCGGCCGCUCGACCGGCCGCUCGACCGGCCGCUCGACCGGCCGCUCGACCGGCCGCUCGUCUGCGGCGCUUCCCAACUCCACUCACACCCUUUCUGGAUGCCAAGUGUCCAAAGAAAAGUCUUUUAUGUGUUGUUUCUCCAAAGGAUGUGCCGUUUUGCUAACACCAAUCAGAGGACUUCAAGGAGGAUUUUCAACGACUUGACUUUUGGCCGUUUGAGUUGAAAGGCGAUCACUCAAACGGCCGUCUUAAAUGGAGACAAUGAUUGUUAUUGAAUGACUUUUUAUUCACGUAUAUAUUAUUUAUUGGUUCCGUUCUUGGGAAGAAAUGCUGCACAUGUAUGACGUGUUUGUUCAUCGUGUUUUAUCUCCCGUGCGCUUGAUUUUCUUUUCAUGUCUAGUUUUACGUGUGUUUUCUCCAGAGGGAACAAUGACGGCUGCUGGUUCAUGCAUCUGUUGUUAAUAGCGUCCUCCCUUUCUCCUCAACGCAUGCCGGUCACCUGACGUAUCCUCCAGGAGUGCUUCUUUCCCAGGCAUUUGAUCAGCACAUCGAGCACCGCUGCAGGGCAGUGGCUUACAUGAACCGCCAGACUGUACACUUUCACUCCCUGGUUGCCCUCCAGCUGCUGAUUGGUUGGCGCCGACACCUCAAAUUUGCACCGCUGAGAUGCUGUGAAAUGUUGAUGUUUUGUGUGUUGCCACGGCUACCGUGUACGAGAACGACCAACAACAUGGCUUCGAGUUCCCGCAAAAUUUGAGAAAGAAUAAACUAUUUAAAUGAUUUCUUAUCCAGAAUGCACCGCUCAUUGUCGUCGGCGAGUACGUGCCAGAUUGAUGCAAACAUGACAAGUCCAUGCAGUGAAUCCCUCGCAUGUUUGCUAAUAGCGUGAAGUGUGACCGCGCCACACAGACUAUGCAGGUAUGGAAAUAGACGUGCAAAACAAUACCAUUCGAUACCACUGUAUAACCCGCAAGACAUGCUGGGAACCCCCCAAACAUCCCCAACAGGAAGUUGGGGGUGCUAUGUUGUUAUACAAUUGUAUUGGUUUGAAUGUGCUUUGCAUUUUGCGGCUUCACUCCGUUUUCCAAAAAUAUAUCCAUGACUUAAUCAUACUGAUUGAUGGUUGAAUACCGUCUAUUAUUAGUCAUAAAAAAACGGAUCAUUUGUCCCAAAUUCAGCAUUUUCAAGCAUAAAAACGUCUAAAUGAAGUACAAUACAAUCAUAAGGUAUUCAGAAGAUGCAUUUAAGGACAAUAUGUAGUAUUCUACACUGGUGUCAGUAAGGUUACUGUAAUGUUGGAUGAGACACACAAGCACCAGACUUGAUCGUUUUUUGCAGGUUUGCGUGAUCUCACAACAGCCACAAUAAUCCCCAACAGGGGGUACUGUUAAAGCUAAAACUCAACUCCAAACCCCUGACAUCACUUCCUGUUUGCCACCCACUCAGCUCCCCGAGGGAACACAUUUACAGCAACACACACAAGCACAAGUCAUAGGGCUUAUUUUCUUUAUAUCGGGUAAAAGGAGCUAUAUUUAUCUAAUAACACGACAAGUGAUAUGUAUUGUGGUCACUGGGGGGCAGUAAUGACACAAACCAUUGAUGAUACAUUACCUUACAUAACAUUACCUUCACACUGCAUGACUUCACCCACGGCAUGUCCAACCUGACAAAAUUGACAAAAUUUCUCCUCCGAUUCCGUGAGGAAGUGGUACUUUUUUGCUUCUUAAGUUUAGAAGAAAGAGGCUAACUGGUUAUCUUGCUAGCUAUCAGCCAUCUCAAAAUGAAUAAUCAGACGAAAUGUGACCGUGGGGUUUUAUUUCAAGUCUAAACAGCUCUAAUAAUGUUUAGAAAAAUGUAUUUCAAACAUCAUAAACAGGUUUUCUACGCUCUAGUUGCAAAAAUAGUCAAAUUCUUAACAUGAAAUCCUGUAUCUCAGAAAUGAAUGAAUUGCGUCUGAAACCAAUGAACCACGACGAACCAGGGACGACUGGACGAGAAUUGACGUUGCAAACGUAUGUGAGUGAUUUGGAUCGUAUUUAGGCCAGCGGAGAAGGCUUUGCUGGCUACGACUGCACACCACUGCUAGACCCAAUUAACCGCCACGAACUUGGGAUCGCUAUAUGAGUAACCGAUGGCUGUCAGUAGGUUUGGAUUGUUUCCAAGUUAUCAGAUACCAGAUGCCAAAUCGGUACUUUUGAAAGGUGCCCGUGCUUAAACGGACUCGACAAAGGAAAACAUCAACAUGUUGCCCCAAAACAAUGGCCUUUUUAAAUGCUUUUGCAAAUGUCAAAUAUGUGCCGACAUUGUUGUCAAUCUGUUGUUUACUUUAGGAGUUUUGGAAUGCAAUGUGACUUGGAUGCACGGUGGUCUAGUGGUUAGCACGCUCUCCACAGUCUGGAGGUCAGCGUUUGAAUUUGGCCGUGGAAAAGUUUUCAAUCAAAAGUGUUUGUUUUUUUUGGUUGUUUUAAGCCCUAGAAACAAUGCGUGAUGCUAAUUGUGAGACACAACUCCUCAGGUAACGACUCUUCCCUUCUGUGUAAAUGUGUACAGAUGAAUGUGAAUAGUAGCUUCUUAUUGUAGACUUAGAGUAAUACUGUGUCACCAGGGCACCCACCAUCUUGCUUUUUAUACCCUUUCUCUUUCUUCUUGGCAGUCAACAUGGCCAUAUAUGCAGAUUGAAUGGACUUGAAUGCACCGCCAACUUGAAACAAACACUGAAACCAUGAAACCAUGUGAAUAACACCCCAAGGUCAACUCCAAUAAAAAAAUCUGAACUGCCCGUUUCUGCAAUUGCACUUUUUUGUUACGACUAAAAGUAAAGACACUGGAACGUCACACAGUUGCAAAUUGGUGGUUCAAAUAAAGAUUUUCUUUUAAAGCUUUUAAAGGUUUUUUUCCAUAGA